CGGAAGGCGCGCUCGCGCUUCCUCUGCCUCGCCGCGAGGCUUCGGGUUGCCCCGAGCGACCGCCAAUCCGAUCCCAGAGCGAGGAAGCAAGACAAACGCUUAUUGGUUCUCUCGGGAGAUAGCUCGUUCGAAGCGUUCCCGGGAUUGGCUAAGCAUUGCAGGUUUUCGGAGGGCAAGGAGUUUAGGGGAGGAAAGGAUGACCGGUACAAUACUUGGAGUUGGGCCUGGAGUAUUCAUCUUGGCAGUGGUCUGGAUUUUGACUUUACUGCUGUGCGUGUUGCUGUCUAGAGCUUCUGGACUUGCUAGGUUUUCCGUCAUCCUGGUUUUCUUUGCUGCUGUGAUCAUCACUGUAACCCUGUUGCUUUUUCCUCGUGCCAGCAAGUUUCCCGCGCCAGUUACGGAAAUCAAGAUUGUAGACACCUUCUUCAUUGGCCGUUUCGUCCUGCUCCUCAGUUUGUGCCUGGUUUUCCUGGGAUGCCUGUUUUUGCUUCUGACUCACCAUCUUCUGCAACCUGUGUAUGCCAAACCGUUGAGAUCCAGCACUUAGACUAAUCGGCUUCGAAUCCUUGAUGAUACUUUGGCCCAUUUCCCAUUCCUGUGACUGAAGACCCAAGAUUCAGUUCCGUGAAUCGGAAUGUAUCGCUCACAAAUUCAGAAUUUUGUAUUAAGAUGACAUCUUGAGUUUCCUUCAAGAUAGGAGAAGUUUCAGAUACAGUCGAAUGAGUACAACCAAAUGUAUUGUGAAUUCUAAGUUUGUUUCCCCCCCCCUUUGUUUUAUAACUUCAGUUAAUUGAAAAUGUGUUUGUACAGAGAUGCGUUUGUAUAACAGUCCAGAAAAUGCUGAUUGAAUCUCAUAAAGCAUGUGUUGCAGUAUUGGUAACCGCCCGUUUGCCAGAGCAGUAUAUUAAACAAAUAUAAACGCAUUCACAUGAAAUGAUUGAAUGUCAAUCUGGUUUGCAACCAGAUUGUUUUCCUCCAGGCUGUGUAUGGUGAAACUUCGCUUGUGAAUUUCUUUUUAGUAGUUUCUGUAUUUAUUGGAUUUAACUUAAUGGAUCCCCUAGGGCUUAUUUAUUAUCAACUCUGCUUGGGUAAUACAGGUGAGAGAUGCUAAUGAGUCCCUCUGAGAAGUCUCUUGGCCAAAUUGUUCCAGGAGGACAAAAUUGAAACAGAUCAUUUUUCUUCACCAACAGAUGAUCAGUGUUGCUAAAUCAUUGUUGAGCAACCCAUAUCAUAUCUUUGUUCCGAUGGUUACAUCUCCCGGAUUUGUUUGGCAGGGGCAUUGUUCAGCUCUGUGCCUGCCCUGAUACACAAGAAGAAAAUGGUGCCUUAACAGUAACUUGCUUGGAUGCAGUUUGAUGUCCUCUAUUGCAGUGUGUCUCACCCUUGGCAGCUUUAAGAUGUGUGGAUUUCAGUUCAGAGCUGCCUGCGGAACUCUGGGAGUUGAAUUCUAUGCAUCUUAAAACUUUCUCACAUUGAGAAACCCUGCUCUGUUGGAUUCUGGAUUUCACAUAUUGUUGCAUUGUUAGUAUGUCUUGCAUGAAUGCAUUUCUAAAAUUCCAUUUGUGUUAACUGCAAUUAUUCUCCAUGAAGGAGAUGUCCAGGACUUGAUGCAGUCUAAUGUCAUCCAUAUGUGUUGGACCAAUUCUCAUAAUCCCUAACCAGCGUAAGCCAUCUGGUAUUAAAUAUGUAAACUGAUUGAAAUCAGUGAGCUGAGGCGUAACUGUUACCUUACAUAUUAAAUUAAUAUGCUGCCCUCCCACUAAAAAUAAUACUCAAAAGUUAGCUAACAUUAAAAUGGGCAAAACAGUUGCGUAAUAAAAACAUACAAGUCCAUUAGCAAGGGGGAAAAUACCCAGUGUUCAUCAGACUACAACCCACGUCACAUAAUUUUAGAGUCCUUAUCAUCAGCAUAAGGUCUCUAGAUCUGCUCCACUAUAGAAUGCAGAACCAAAUCUAGCAAAUUCUAUAUUAUCAUUUGACUUUUUAAAAUGUUAUUAUGGAUGCUUAGUUGGUUUUGUUGGUUAUUACUUAUCAUGAAUGUUUUAACUGUUGAUUUACGUUUAUGAUUAUACAUCACCAGGAGUCAUUGAGACAUUAGAUGGUACACAAAGUGGAAUGAAAUUAAAUAAUGUUUGCAUCAUGAAUCUGCAAAAUUGUAGAAUUACAUCAGCCUUAAUGGCGGCUCAGUAUUUAUAAUAGUGUCUCUGUAGGUUUGUUAUCAUUGUAUGCCAUUGUGCAUGACAUUUUUGCUGUAUGUCCUUUUAAGGAUAUUACAGACACAGAUUAGAUCACUUUCUCAAUAUCCUACUUACCUCUUUAGGGUCUGUGCCUUUGCUUUGAUCCUCUUGUUUGGUCAGCCUCCUCAGGCAAUUCCAGUGUCCAUUUUGGUGGCAUUAAUCACAGAAGGGUUUUAACAUGGCGUAAAGCGAAUAAAUUCGAAAUGGAGACUUCUUCCUUCCUUUCCUUAAUGAAAGAGGUAUGGGAGAUGGUCAAGGGCUCUUUCUAACAAGAUUGUAGAUAGGAUUUCCUAACUUCAUUAGAAAUUUGCCUUGGGAGUGAAUAAUAAUAAUAAUAAAAACCUGAAAGGAUAAUUUUAAAACAGCUGAACCUUCUUUUUAACAAGAGAAAUAAGUGAGAAAGUAAUUGGCCAACGAAGGAAUACUUAAAACCCCAGCAGGAAUAGCUUCCUGAAAUAGAUUAGUGGUGCUUCUAUAACACAUAUUAAUUGGCAUCAGAUGACUUGGAAAGCCAUAAAAACCCAGAGGUGUCAAGGCAUUACAAAUUUUGGAGAUCAUGAUUUCAUUUUUAACAAUAUUUUUACAGACCAAAAUGGGCAGUGGUCUUAGUAUAAAACCACUUUCAUUUCUACAGAAUGAAGUUUUUAAAACUAGCUGUUUUGACGUUCCAAGAAGCUUUAAGGUUGCAUCUUUACUUUCAGAUUUAUUUUUCUGCUUUUCCCAUAUAAGGAUGAUCUCUUUGCAUGCUCUAUUGGAGUGAAUCACUUCUCGUAAUCUGCUUCCCCAUCUUUGAACUCUCUUCCUUUCAGAUGUUACCUCAAAUGUAUUAAAUUCUCCAUUGACUAUUAACUUGCUGAAUUGAUCUGCUUAUAUGCUACUAGAUUUAGAUAUUUGGAGGGAAUGAAUUCCAUAUAACUGUUAUCUGCUUAUUGUUUGCUUGCUUUAUAUACUGUCUCCAAAAUUAAUCAAUUGUAUUAUUGAUUAUAAUUACUCAUGAAUAAUAAAUAUCAAUUAUUUUAA